CAGCUGCAGGACAACUUCCCUGGAACCUGGCAACUUGGCAUCCUAUUUGGAUAGUCUGCUGGGCUUCCUGUACACCUGUGUAUUCUCACUGAGCAGCAUGAAAGCAUUUUGGCAAGCACCACAGUUUCCACAGGCAAGGGUGCUGAAGAGCAAGAUUGCUCAACACUUACACAAGUGAGCCCUGCUAACUCCUGCUCUCUGAAUCACAACUUGUCUACUUAAGGAAAACAGCCAGCUCAACUGAUGUGCAAAGCAGUGUUGAAAGAUUUACAGAAAUUCUUGUGGGACCAUGAGAGCAGUAGGGAGAUGCUGCAGCUCCAGCUCGUGGUGGUGCAUUUGGCCCUUGUGAUUGCCCUGCUGUGGUGGAACUCCAGCUCUGUGCUCCUUGCACAGGCAGCUCCAGAGCCUCUGGAGCCUUCUGCUGCUCUGGGUGUGGGAGACCAUCCCAUUGCCAGUGAAGAGAAGUCAGCCACCAGCCUGGCAGCCAAACUGUUCCUUCUUGAUGACUUGGUGUCUCUGGAGAACGAGGUGACUGAGACCAAGAAGAAAAGGAGCUUCCCAGGAUUUGGCUCCCCCAUUGACAGAAUUUCUUCAUCCUCUGUGGAUGCUAAAGGCAAACAGAGGAAAGUGCUUGAGCUGCCUAAGAGAAGGUUUGGAGUUCCUCUGGACCGGAUUGGAGUGAGCCACCUCGGCAACACCAGGGGUUAGCAGCUCCUGCAGAUGCUUCUAUUCUGAAUGAGUGAUGCUGUAUUGGAAACAUUACAGAGUUUUGGAAGAUGCCUCACAGCAAGUCUUGUCUUUGCCUAAUGAUACAGCACUCAAGGAAUUGACCUCCUGCAAAAUCUGUUUCAAGUUGCAUUUUACAAAUAUUGCAUUUACAAAUAAUUACAUGUUCAGUUCAACAGGUCAGAAUGCUCUCACAGCUGUGCACAGUGUCACUGGUAGGAGGGAACAGAGAAUAUGUAUAUAUUUUUAUUGCAUGGCAUUUAUCUGUUAAAUUUGCAGAAUUUUAUUAUCCUAGGCAGGACUGAGAUUUUUGGAUUGAAAAUAAAACUUUCAGAGAUGCCAACAGCA